UAACGAGAUUCGUGGAGUUUGUUGUGUGUCUGUAUUGGGGUUUGCAGUGGGUUCACUGUGUCUGUAGUUUGUGUGUGUGUGCACCGUUUGUACAGUGGGGUGUGAAGUGUGUGUCAAUGUAGUGGAGUUUGCUGUCAAUGGAUAUUCACGACAGGAAGCUUACAGAGCAUUGACGGGACUCCUAGUACCUGAGCGGAGCGCGGGCUAUCAAACUGUCCUCCUAAAUAAUAGCGGUGGGAGCUAACGGUGUCUAAUUAUGAGUGACUGUUGCCUCAACUAGAAGAUUAUUCGUAAACUUCUGACCAGAAGUUUUGUCUUUCAGUUUUGAUCUACCAAACAAUCGCAAACAGGUCUACAUUUAUAUGUGAUCUUCAUUCACCCUGCAGCAUUGUUGUCAGUGCAUCUAUUCAAUUCAGACAUGGCCACUGAAGUCUUCAAUUCCAAAAGCCUGGCUGUUCAGGCCCAAAAGAAAAUACUUGGCAAGAUGGCAUCAAAGUCAAUAGCAACUGCAUUAAUAGAUGAUACAAGCAGUGAUGUUUUGGAUGAGCUAUACAAAGCAACCAAGGAAUACACACAGAACAAAAAAGAAGCAGAAAAAAUUGUCAAAGAUCUUAUUAAGGUAAUCAUAAAACUAGGGGUCUUGUACAGGAAUAACCAAUUCAAUCAAGAUGAGCUGAUGCUUGUGGAGAAGUUCAAGAAGAAAGUUCAUCAGUUAGCAAUGACCAUUGUGAGUUUUCAUCAGGUUGACUUUACUUUCGAUCGGCAUGUUCUGUCCAAACUUCUGAAUGAAUGCAGAGACCUGCUUCAUCAAAUCAUUGAUCGGCAUCUCACCGCCAAGUCACAUGGACGCAUCAACCAUGUUUUUAAUCACUUUUCGGAUUGUGAGUUCUUAGCUGUGCUGUACAAUCCAUUUGGAUCUUACAAAGCUUCUCUGCAGAAAAUAUGUGAUGGUGUGAACAAAAUGCUAGAUGAUAAAAGCAUAUAAUCAGCAAUUUGUAACAUUUUCUUUAAAAAAAGUUGAAAAUCUUGCUAAAAUAUGAAGGAAUAAUGUCAUGUAAAAUUCGUUUUUAUUAG